AUGUCUAAUGAAAACUCCGUAAUGCCAUUGAUAGAUCGCAUCUCUGCUCAUCUCUGUCUUCAAGAUGUAUCAAUUGCUUUAUUAAGUCUUUUUCUUUUCUGUUGCUUGCGUGCUAAGCUAACCAACAAAGGCGGACCAAUACAAUGGCCGGUGUUUGGGAUCACUCCCGAGUUCUUCUUUCACAUCCACGAUGUGUACGGAUGGAUCACAAGGUGUCUAACGAGAAGCCAAGGAACGUUUCCUUACCAAGCAAUCUGGUUUAGUGGAUCUUAUGGAGCCAUGACCAGCGUUCCUGCAAACGUCGAGUACAUGCUCAAAACCAACUUCAAGAACUUCCCAAAAGGUGACUUUUACAAAGAGAGAUUCAGCGAUUUGUUGGAAGAAGGAAUCUUUAACACUGAUGGUGAAUCUUGGAAAGAGCAGAGACGGAUUAUCAUAACCGAAAUGCAUUCGACUCGAUUCGUCGAGCAUUCUUUUCAGACCACGAGAGAUUUGAUACAGAGGAAGCUCUUGAAAGUGAUGGAGAAUUUCUCGACAUCACAAGAAGCUUUUGAUCUUCAAGAGAUUCUUCUGCGGUUAACGUUUGAUAAUAUCUGUAUCGCUGGUCUCGGUGAUGAUCCUGGAACUUUGGAUGAUGAUCUUCCCGAAGUUCCAUUCGCUAAAGCUUUUGAAGAAGCAACAGAGUCCACUCUGUUUCGGUUCAUGAUUCCACCGUUUUUGUGGAAACCUAUGAGGUUUUUGGAUCUAGGGUAUGAGAAAGGGCUGAGGAAAGCUGUUGAGACGGUUCAUGAGUUUAUAGACAAGAUGGUUGUGGACAGAAUCACGAUGCUUAAAGAAGAAGGAUCAUUAGAGAAGAACAAAUCCGAUGUCCUCUCGAGGCUAAUCCUUAUCGAAAGUCACAAAAGAGGCAAUGAAAAUGAUCGAUUCACAGUCAAGUUUUUCAGACAGUUCUGCACAAGUUUCAUCUUGGCGGGACGUGACACGAGUUCCGUUGCGCUUACAUGGUUCUUCUGGCUGAUGACAAAACAUCCGGAGGUUGAAAACAAGAUCCUCGGAGAAAUCAGAGAGAUCUUGAGACAAAGAGAGAACAAUCUUGAAUCCGAGGAUACAAAGAGUUGUGUCUUCACAGUCAAGGAACUUAACGAUAUGGUUUAUCUACAAGCGGCAUUGUCGGAAUGUCUUAGACUCUAUCCACCGAUUCCAAUGGAGAUGAAACAAGCGACAGAAGAAGACGUGUUUCCAGAUGGAACUUUCUUGAGAAAAGGUUCAAGGGUUUACUUCUCGAUCUAUUCAAUGGGAAGGAUGGAAUCGAUUUGGGGAAAAGACUGUGAAAUGUUUAAACCAGAGAGAUGGAUACAAGGAGGUCAAUAUGUGAGUGAUGAUCAGUUUAAAUACGUCGUGUUCAAUGGCGGUCCGAGGCUUUGUUUAGGGAAAACAUUUGCUUACCUGCAGAUGAAAAUGGUGGUUGCUUCCAUCUUGUUGAAUUACUCAAUUAAGGUUGAUCAAGAUCAUGUGGUUAUUCCACGUGUUACAACGACUUUGUACAUGAAACAUGGUCUUAAGGUCCGGAUCAUGCCGAGAUCUAUGGAGAAGAAGAAGCAAGAUUCAUAAGUAAAGAUGAAAAAAACAGUUAAAUUGUAACUGAAAUAUUAUUCAUUUAUA